AUGCUUGGGAGGCCGACUUGUGGAGAGCUUCUGGCCCCGCGCGAACCGAAUAUUGCGACUUUCUUCGGAAGCAUGACGGGUCCCGGCGAACGAAGACGGGGUACUGUUCUGCUCGAAGGAGAGGUUCUUGCGGUUCUGCUCGCUCGCCUCAUUGGCGUCCAUCCCAUCGGAAUUUCCGGCCAGAACUUAGGCAGAGAUUUUUAGACUGGUAGUGGAGUUGAUGGUGUUAGAAGUAGAAGAGUUUAGAAAGACGGCUUAAUAGAAAUUUGACGAAUUUUUGAAGAAAAUAAGCUGGAAUGAAGUUGAGCCUGUGCAGGUAGUCCUAGCUGGGGAAGAUGGAGAGAAGUAAAUAGUGCAGAUUAACUCAACUUGUGCUUGAUUUUUAGUCGGAAAGCUUAACCAGAAGCACUUGAGGGGGUGGUUAAAACAACCGACGAGUUUUUGUGAUAAAAAUCCAAAAUAUAGCUCCAAUAUCUGGGCUGAAUCUGCACCGGGGGUCUUUCGAUGAUACGACCAAGAAAAUAACAAUCUUUCCCCAAAUAAAUCCAGCAAGCUGUUGAUCUACUAGAAGCUGGACUAGGAGAAAUCCAGGUUUCAGUAGAACCAAUGAGAUGGUUUUGUAGAGAUAGACAAGUCAAGGUGAUACCCGGAACAGAAAUCCUCGUAGUGAUAGGUAGAAGAAAUCGGCGAAAUUCGGAGCAGCUGUAUAUUUUUUUUUCGAAUGUAAGCCGGAGUCGUUAGUAGAGAUGAUCAGUCAGAAGUGAGGGUCGCAGAUUUAUCAAACUCGUUCUUGAUUUUUUUGGAGAAAAGCCGGACCGAGUUCCUGAUGAUGAUCAAAGAGACGGGAAAGAGAUAGUGACAAAUUAAUUGGAGUCGACUUGCGGCGACACUUGCAUCGCUGUGUUCGGGUAUGUCGCGAGAAGUGGCUCCUGCUCGCGAGUCGCGUCGAUUUGAUUUUGAUUAAUUCACGGCCGUGGGGUCGAUACUCCCUCGCGGUUGUAAUCUUUUUUCGUUUGGCUAAUUGGAGAUGCGACUCGAUUCUAGUUGAUCGCCGGCGACAGCAGCCUUUUUCUUUCUUCCUCAACUUGUUCAAAAGAUAAUGCGAACGAUGGGGAUUGAUAGUGGUGGAGAAGAUGAACGACACUGGAGGAUCAAGUGCAGGGAGAAGAAUUUAGCGAGGCCAGAGGGCGGUUGUAUGAGCUCGGAAUGAGCCGGUGGAGGAGCUCUUGGCAAGAAACGACGACAAACCGAGAAAUACGGCUGCUCCUGGCCGCUUUUUGACACUCUCUAUCCCACACACACACACACACCAUGCACAUACACAACUGCGUAAAAACACAACGUGAAACUUGAACGUUUUACCCACAAAAAACAUUCUUCAGCCUUGCUUUUUUCCUGUUUUUUGUUGCUGACACAUCCCUCUUUCUGAAAAAUCUGAACUAGUAGCUUGAAAAUGAACCAUUUUUGAGGAUUGGGCGACAUUUUGGAGCUUUUGAGUAAUAGUUUUUCAAAUAGUCCGAUUGGAUUCGCAAUGAAUGCAGUUUUUGUGAGUCGUGUUUUUGCUGACACUUUUUUCCCUCUUUUUGGAAAUCGGAGCUGGUAGCUUGAAAAUGAAACAUUUUUAAAGCUAGGACGACAAUUUGUAGUUCGAAGCCUUCCAAAUUGGGAAACUUUGAACCAUAGCUUUCUGAAUCGUCUAAUAGGACACGAAAUUAUCUGAUCGCACAUUUUAAAUAUUUUUCUUGCUGCCUCUUAUUGUACUUUUCUGAAAAAAACGGAGCUGGUACCUUGAAAAUAAACUAUUUUUUUACGAUAAGAGGACACGUUUGAACUACUGAAGUUCGCUUUUUCAAAGCCCUCUAAGUUGAAUUUUUUCCAAACUUGGUCCUCUCAAAUGGGCUUUUUUGGGGGUUUUUCGAACUUCUAAAGUUUUCUUUAGGAAAUCAGAACGGAUUUCUUGAUAUUGUGGUCAUAUUGGCCCUGUGAAACUUGGUCUAUUUUUUAAUUUUGUUGAUUAAAAUUUUUUUGGGGAUUUCGAAUUGCUCAAUGUCAAGUUCUCCUAAUCUGGUUUAUUGAAAGCUUUCGAUUAGAACUAGAUGCUUAAAAAAAGUUGAUAAAUUUUGAAAAAAGUAAAUCUGUAAAAAUUUAUGAUUUUCAGAAUGCGUACGCCCCGGAGAUGUGGCCAUCGGUCGUCGGCGUCGGCGCGACUCCGGACAAAUCUUCGGCGUUGACCGGCGCCUUCUUCCCGGUUCUUUACGUCGGAGAGUCCAAGUUCGGUCUCUACGCCAUCAAUACUCUCGUCGACCAACACACUAUCACCUACUCGCCCAAGCUGCUCGGGCCACCGCUUCUCGAAGGCCCAAGUCCCAUCGCUCUUUCGGUGCGGCUUUUUUCGACUUUAAAAAAUAGAUAGAGUUGGUCGAAAAGAAAAUACAUUUGUAAGGGAAAAUAUUGGUACUGUAGAAAGAGGGAGAAAGUAAAAAUUUUUUUGAAAAAAACUACAAUUUCAGUUUUUCCUAUUUAUGAUAUUUUUUUCCCGAUCUUAAUUGAAACCUUAUUUCCAAGAUGCUCCUUCCAAUGAUCUUUUUCUGUGCAUUAUCCCUUAGAAAAAAUUUUAUUUAACUGCAAAAUAAAGAUUUCAAAAAAUACUUCUGACGAACCAAUUAAUUUCCCUAGGACGAGGAAAAAUCCAAGUUCCUCCCACAUCGACGGCCAAUCGUCCAGGAAAAUCCUUCGAUCACCUACAAGACCCACGACGGAGAAUAUCUCGUCUUUGGUGAGCCAUUUCUUCACAUUUUUCACACCUGAACUCUUCUUUUUGUUCGGCCCGUUUGAUAUUACAGCCGAGCAUGAAUUUGAUGGGUUUGAAGGGCGCCAGAUGUUCUCAACUUGUUCUAAUUGUUUCUCGCCUCUUCGGGGGGACCUUGUAACAAAAGCAAAAGUUGAAUCGAACUUUUAAAAACGGGUAAAAUACUGAGGGGUCCCUGUAGAGGUUUAGGGUCUAAUCGUAAGCCCUUAAAACUCAAGUGGCCUCUUUAGGGAGCUUUCAACUUUUUGUUGAGAUCUGUGAAGAAAUUCACAUUCAAAAAACGCCAAUUUAUUAGGUUUUUCUCAUGAAAAUGCUUUUUCUCGUAGAGUUCAUCACAAUAAUCGACUAGCUUGUCCCCUAUAGGGGCCACUUUUACUAGCCUUAGUGGUCCUUAUAGGGAAAUAAAGCGAGCCCUAGAGGGGAACCUUCAAGAGCGCCUAAGGUUACCUCCAUAGGAACCACUCUGGCGUUGACAAGUACUUUUCCAGAUCGAAUAUUAUCAUUAAAAAGAUUCAAAAAUUAGAUUUCAAAUUUCGAGUGAGUUUUUUUUUCGGAUGCUAUGAUAUUUUUGAAGAAUAAGUUGAAAAAAAUAAAUUGUGAGUGAAUUUAUUUCAUUUCAACCUCGUAGCUUCUAUAAAAAAAUGGAAAGAAGGGUUUUUGAAAAGGUGAAAUGGAAUUAUUUAAAAGAAACGGAAAAUUCUAUCACAUUUUGAAUGGGUAUUUGAAGUAGAAUAUUCACGAUUUCUUCUCCGAAACAUUUUUUUAGAUUUGAUGAAUAAAAACCGCUCAAACCCCAUUAUUACUGUUUCAAAAGUCUUUUAAAUAAUUGAUAUGUUUCUAUUGAUAUUUUGUUUAUUGAUCGACCGAUUAUCAAAUAAAGAUCAAUUGACUUUUUUAAUGAAGGGCCGGAAAAGGUAAUUCCGUCCAGGAAUUGAUAAAAAAUGAUUUUUCGAAUAAAUUAUUUACUUUUCUCCUUUAGUUUAAAAGCUUACGAAACAAAGUUCCCGAAGAGACUCGUCAAAGUUUUGAUUUCUGCUGUCAUAAUGACUUACGUCAUUGGAAGAGCGGAAAAAUCAGAAGAAAUGGAUCUUGAACCUUUUGAAAACCAAAAAAACCUCUAUUUUAAGCAUCGAUUUGUCGGUAUUUGUGUCGAAAAGAUUAAUUAGUUGGGGCGAUUGGACGCCUUGAAAAAUAACAAGUGUCGUGUUGAGACUUGUAAGAAAUCGCGGGCUGGACUUUAUGGGGCUUUUAUCGAAGUUUUGUCGCCGUAAAACUCCUGUUUUUUUCUCAUCGUGUCGCUGUAAAAUCAAUUGAAAUAAAAUUAAAUGUAUUCCUAGGGUGAAAAUGUUACAAAACUUUGCAUAGGGAAACAAAAAAAUGGAGGCAAGAGAAAGUUGAAAAUAAAAUUGGAAAAGGAACGCUAAAGAAAGUUUAUAGUUAAUACAGUAUAUAUAAUUAUUCUCUGAAUUCGUUUGAAGACCCACAAUCAUUGUGUGACCCCAAAUAUCCCACAAAAAAAUGGCUCUUUUUUUCGCAAUUUGUCCAUUAUCUUUCAAAAAAAUUUUUAAGAUAGAACAGAAAUUUUUUUCCGAAUUGUUGUAGGAAAUUUAAAUUUUAUAAAGGCAUCUGUGUCUAAAUGAAAUUUAGAAUGCGCUCAAAAAAAUUUGGAAAAUACCGAAAAAUAUUUUUUUUUCAUAGCGAUAGUUCAAAGCGGAAAGUUUUUUUCUCCUUAUCAUUUUCCUACAAAAAAAUCCAGUGCAAUUAUAAAAGUUUUCAAACCAAAAAGAAGUUUUUUUCAGGGUACCAUGAAUCGCCGAAAAAUGUACAUGGGCGGGAUAAUUCCAACGAGGUUCCCGAAUUUCGGACCAAACCAGGCUUCGAUUUCCUUUUAUGGGAACUCUGAUCAGCAUCGACAGGUUAGAAAAAAAGACGGUUCCAGGAAACUACUUUACGGUUUUUUUGAAAAAGAAGAAAAAAAUACACCGAUUUUCCUGGAACUUGGGAUUUUUUUCGAAAAAAAUUUUUGAGUAAAAAAACCGGAAUUUUUUUAAAUUAAUAAAACUCUUUCGAGCUCUUUUUUUAAAUGAAGAUUGGGAAACUCAGCAUCGAUUGAAACGAUUUUAUUAAUUUCCAGAAAUUUAAGUCCCAAUUAAUUUGAAUUUUUUUAUAUGUCUUCGCUUUAUUUUUAUACCAUCAAAGUGCACUGAUCUGUGAAAAAAUCAAUAUUUUGUAAAGAUUCAGCAGUUGUAAAGAUUUAGCUCCUCAUGUGAAUCCGAUACUAAAAUCUGGUGUUAAACAAUUUUCAACCAGUUUUGACAGAAAAUCUGGAGCUCUUGAAGAAAUCAUUAGUCAGAAGAGGAUUCCGGAACAUUUUCUGAAUAUCGACGUCUUCAGAUCACCGGGCCGAAGAUAGAAGACGUUGACACGACGCCGUUGUUCGACCUCGUCCUCCAGAUCUAUCAGAAAUAUCCGCAGUACUUCAUCGGAACGGCCGCCGCCGUGGUCGUCCUUCUUCUGACGACCGUUUGGAUGUGCGGGAAACAGGUUUGUAGGAUAUGAAAGCCUUGGAACACACUUUGCGGUUGGAAUUUUCCUGAAAAUUCUUCUUGAUAUGCCAGGGGAAGGUUCUGAAAGUAUAAAUAUAUAAAACUUUCUAUUUUUUGAAAAAGGACACCUCAAAGUUAGAGAAAAUCCUCAAAAAUCGUAGAAAAGGCUUUUUGGGGAUUUUGAGCCCUUAUUUCUCAGGACAAGCUUUCAGGAAGAAUUUUGGGAAAAUUUUAAAAUCAGAUCCGAAGUGAUAUAAAAAUAUCAUUCUAUUGAACUAUAAUUGUGAGUAUCUAGAAUUCAUAGAAAAAAAUUAUUGAACAGUUUGCUUUUUUUGAUACUUAUGAUGGUAGAUUGAUUACAAAGGAGUUUAUGUCCGAUUUAGUUCAUCAAAAGAAAAAAAUUAGUUAAUAAACUAACUUGAAAAAAAUGGGAAAAACAUUUUCUAAUCUAUCAUAAUAGAGUCGAAUAAAAUUAUAGGUUUAUUUUUCGAACACGAAUGCUGUAAAAAAACAACCAAAAGGUUAAAAAAUCGGGAUAAGAUUUGAAAAAGAAUAUCGAGAUAUCCUGAUCUUACAUUUUCUGGGAGAUUUCUGUAGACGACUUUUUUCUGCAUUUUGAGCAGCACAAUUCCUAAUUUUUUUCAACCCGAAAAAUCGUUUUUGAAGUAUGAAAAAAGUUCAGACGCUAGAUCGAUCAUAGAAAAACAGAAAAAAAAGUCGAAACGACAUGAUGUUCUGCUGUUCUUUUUUUUGCUUUUUUGUGUUGGGAAUAGACUGGGAAAGCGUCAUUUGAGAAUUUUCCUUUCGGCAGCCGGGCUCUGGGAUGAUUGACGAGUUAUAAGCAACACUCAAAGAAUGCGCUGCAACCCGAUACCGUCGAAAUCACGAUCUUUGAUCUGGCUCACAAAUCGAAUGGACUUGAAGCUUCCUGCUAAGAAGAUUCCGAUAAAAAUGAAUUUAUUUACAAAUUCAACAAAGUUGUGUUAAUCUUCAAAGCCUCUAAGCCUUGGAAAACAGAUUUUUCAAAAGAAUGUUCACAAGAUUUUUCAAUUUUUCAUAGCUUCAGAUGGUUGUGAUUGACUCAAAACUCCUUAAAAGUGCCAAAAAGGUCACCGGACCGAGAAGUAGUUUCUAGUUGAACCGACUACAGAAAAUGCUUUAAAAAAAGCAUAUUUUAAACUUCAAAUUUAGAGUUUUUCUCAAAACUAAAGAGAGGUUGAGAUAUUUUGGGAGAAUUUUCGGGGGUAAAUCACAUUGCAGCUACUUCCGGGUUCAAAGAGACAGCUGCCAGAAAUAUAAUCAAUGAAUCACGGAGGCAUCUAAGUAAAAAGAAAUUUGUCAAUAAGUGGUUGUAUCAUUUUGAAUCGCAAUUAGAUCAAAUUACUGAAUCACUAUAUUUAUCAUUUCAGUAUAUUUGCGAAAAAUGAUGACCAAUUUUUUUGUUUUGAAAGGUAGAACUCAGUUAUAAACUGCUGUAGAUAGUCACUAUCAAAGCUCUUUUUUGAUAUUAUCUACAAAAAGAAUUUAAUUUCAAAAAAAUAAAAUUGGAUUUUUUUAAAUUCUAUAAUAGGUAACAGGCUCUAAUCUUGAAAUGAGUUUUACUUCGAAAUGAGGAAUUUUGGGUUUUCAAAUAAUUUCCGUUUUCAAAAAGAAAGUACUCAGGAAAAAACGGAGUUUGUAUUAUUUUGUAAUUUUGAACCUCAGAGCACACUAUAGGCUUUGAAUUUGAAAAAAAAAAAAAGGAGCAAGUUUUUUUGACCUUCAAAAAUAAUCUUGCCUGGUGUGGAUGUCGUCUUGGAUUUCUUUAAAACUGCUCUGAAUCAAAAUUGACGCUCUUUUUCGAUUUUUAAAGCUCUUUCUUCUUCCAAAGAUAUCCCAAAUACAUUGAAACACUCUGAAAUAUCUUUCUUCAGUGGGGAGCUUCAUCUUUUGCAAUCGCUGAAGCUCGCAGCGCGCAGACCUCACGUCAGUCGAACAAUGGCCGCACUUGGGCUUUCACUCGAUCCGAGGAGGUUUUGAGCAAGAUUUAUUCGGAGCAAAUCUUUAAGUUUGAAGUUGCCUGAUGGUUGGAUGAACGUCGGCAAGUUGCAGUACAAUCCGACGGAAGUUUUGGGUCGUGGAUGCGAGGGAACUGUUGUGUACAGGUAAAUGAAAGCUACCGUAUCUUGGUGCUUGAGAAAAGCCAGGAAAUGGCUGAGGAAGAGUUUCAGUUCCUCAAAUAACUAUUCGAAAAGAUCUUUAAUUUCACUCUGUCUCAGUAAUUCUAGGCGAAUUUUAUAAAAAUUUCACGAUCUAGAAGAAAAAGGUGUGGAAAAAUAGAGUCUCAAGACCUGAAAUAAGAUCUUUUGGUGAAAAAAUAAAACUAGAGAGGAAAUAUUCGAGAGAUUUUUUUCGGUCUUCUGAAGGCUUUUUGAAGAUUUUUGCCUUUCUUCAGAGGAAAGUUCGAUGGCCGAGAGGUGGCCGUGAAACGAGUCGUUUCGGAAUUCGUAAGGUUCGUCGAUCGGGAAGCUGACCUUCUCCGAGAAAGUGACACUCAUCCACACGUCAUCCGAUACUUUUGCAUGGUUUGUUUUGUUCCCACCUCAUUUUUCCUGGUCAUGGGAACAGCGGAUCCGAUUUUUCCAGUUAAGAUCAUAGAACUGAUCUUUUGGCUUUUUAUGAGCAAGUACAGAAUUCAAACAGAAAUAUAGUCAAUGUUUCCCGGCUUGAAAGGCGUGGGGGGCGGGACGCGUAGCGUGUGCGUACGAGGUUCUUGGCACGAGUUCAUUUCAAGCGCCACGGACUAUUCAAAAAGCUCGGUCACCGCUCUUUCUUUGUAUGUUCUACUAUUGUUUCAUGCGCACAUGAAAAAAAUUGAUAUAGCUGAUUCACGGCUGGCUUGAGCCAUUGAGAAAAGGGUCCUGCCACGAAAAGAGACGAGACAGUGCCCUGGUUGGUGGAGAGUGCAGACAGGCCACGCCUUUUUGCGUCCCAAGCUAGCCGUGAAUCGUCUAUGAAUAAUUUAAAAAGAAGUGAAAAGAGCGAUAAAAGAGUACCAGCUAGUGUACCAAUAUUUAAAUGACCGGAGUAUAUUUUUUUUUUCUUUUGAAUCAUAUUUUUUCCAUUUUUAGGAAGCCGACAGUCAGUUUCGAUAUUUGGCCUUGGAACUUUGCGUGGCUUCUCUGAACGAUUUCGUUGAACAUCGCGAGGUUCAAGACAAGGUCGAAAUCACUCAGUUGGAUAUUCUACGACAAGCCACCGAUGGCCUUGCUCAUCUCCAUGCCUCGAAAAUCGGUAAAAUACUCUUGAAACGAGAAAUUUCAGAUGUUAAAGUUGUAGUUACGGGUCUUUGUUUGAAAGUAUUCAGGUUGAAAUUUUAAAUUAUUUCCUCCAAAAGUUAUACUCUUGGGUCUCUCCAGAUCAGAGAAUAUAGUUCGAAAAUUAAAACCUGAAAAUUCUAAGCCCUCAAAAACAUCACUAGGAAUGUUCAGUCAAGAUUUUCGAGCUCAGUGAACAAUGCUAGGAAAACGCGCUCUAUCGAUAAUGUUCUCCAAGAUUUAUUUUUCCAAGUUCCACUCAAUAUGUAACAAAUUCAAUCUUCCUGAAAGUUUCUAAAACUUCGUUUUCUUCUUCUGUGAACGGAAACUUCAUGGGAGUUUUAAAAAUAACAGUUACAGUAACUCUAGAAAGUUUCAGAAAAAAUGAAUUCCCAACAAGGAAUUUCUGACCGAAACCCCUUUUUUCGUAUCUUUUCUGACGGUACUUUAGUUAAGAAUAAAAUAAAAAAUCUUACUGACAAACUGACUUCCUAAAACUUUUUCUCUUUUCCAGUUCAUCGUGAUAUGAAACCCCAAAACGUGCUGAUAACGAUGAAAAAUCAAAGAGGACACGUCCGGGCGGUCAUUUCCGAUUUCGGCCUCUGCAAAAGGAUCCAACCGGGCCGAAACUCCCUGUCCCGAGGCCUGGCCAGCGGUCUAGCCGGAACUGAAGGCUGGAUCGCCCCGGAAGCUCUCGUUUCGGCCAGCACCGUCAGUCGUCCGACGUCUUCUCCCAUCUGAAUUCUUCUUGCAGAGCUAUCCGGUCGACGUCUUCUCCUUGGGCUGCAUCUUCUACUACGUCCUGUCCAAUGGGGCCCAUCCUUUCGGGAGGGCGAUCCAGCGCCAGGCAAAUAUCGUCAACGGCGACUUUUCUUUGGCGAAGAUUUCGGAAACUAAAGGUACUCCUUGAGCAUGAAGGACUUCGAGGGUCUUUUCUUGAAGUCUAGGAGGUUUUCCUGCAUCUCAUGCGUCAUUGAGUUUUUGUAUCGACCUAAAUCAUCUUCCUUAAACACUCAAUUUUAGUACAGGAGAAGAAAGAAAAUUUUCCAGAUGGAUCCGUGUCAGAACCACUGAUAAAAGCGAUGCUGGAAUCCGACCCGGCAAAACGACCGCCUGCCUCGACCGUACUAAACCAUCCGUUCUUCUGGUCUUCUGAGCGGAGACUUGCCUUUUUCGGCGACGUCUCCGACCGGGUCGAGAAGGAAGAAGACUGCAGUACGGUGGUCCGGAGACUGGAGACCGACGCGAGGGCCGUCGUCUGCGGCGGCUGGAGGGAGAAGAUCUGCGAUCCCUUGAAGGAAGGUCGGCCGAUUCCCGAGUCAGGGGAUAGUCUUACUGAAAAGUGUAGCUUCAUCAAAAUAUGUGAAGCAGAGCUGAUGACGCGGCUUCCCCGGGUAGCUUCGUGACUUUAUGCGAUCGUCCAGGGAAGACCCGACCCGCAAAGUUGAAAUUUUGAAAGACUCUUUUGACCAUGAGACUACUUCGCGGGUCGGAAAGCCCUGGGGCGCAUUGCGGUCGUCCCGUCUCAUCAGCAGUUCUGAAGGAAAGAUUUAAAAAGCUUGGGAAGCGGUGGUUUUACGGUUCUCUUUGAAAACUCCGGUAGAAAAAACAUUGAGAUAUUUUAAAACAAAUAUUAUCAAUAAAUUGCCUGACAAUUUCACAACUUGAAUAUUUUUUCGCUUGCAGAUCUGCGCAAAUUCCGCACUUAUAAAAGUCACUCGGUUCGAGAUUUGCUGCGGGCGAUGCGAAACAAAAAACACCAUUACCGGGAAUUGCCCGAGGCGGUUCGACAGUCGAUGGGACAUAUUCCCGAGGAGUUCCUCCAUUAUUUCACUUCCAGGUUCCCUAAGGUACAGCUUGAAUGUCGCUGAUUCACGGCUGGCUUGAGCCAUCGAAAAAAUGGGUCCUGACACGAUUAGAAAAGAGACAGUUCGUAGUUGGUGGAGGGCGCAGACAGGCCAGCCAUGAAUCGGCUAUAUCCUUUUUUUCACAAAUUGAAUUUAAAAUUCCAGCUUCUGUUGCAUGCUUACACGGCAAUGGAAUGGUGUGCAUCUGAGCCGGUUUUCCGUGGAUAUUAUUCCGAUCAGGUUGAUCAUUUGGUGAUAAGAAAUAUUUCAAAAAAAGCUUCAAGGUCCGAGAAGCCAUGGCUAGUUUAGUGGAGGAGGACGAGAAGCAGAGGAAAGAAAAUGCGACGAAUAUGGCGAGCGUCUGGGUCCGAGGGCAGGUAGAUGACAUUCUCGUUUCUGACAGUUUUUUUUUACGAAGUUUGCGAGAAAAGUCGAUUACGCUGAGAUUAGUGCGCGAUUAGUAAAAACGGUAAAAUGUCUACUAAAGGCGUUAGGGAACAAAAAGCCCGACAAAAUAGUCCUCCCCAUAUGGAUAAAGUUUUGUGGUCCCUAUAGGGUUUUUUGACCUGACCCUUGGCCCCUAAAGCUUAAGAGGUCCCUAUAACUAAAUCCCCUAGAGGGGCUACUUUUGCAACUAUAUUGACCGCUAAGGUGGUUAUUGAGGGAAAUGCACGAGAGUGGUUGCCCCUCUAGUGACUACUCUGGAGUUCUGAGGGAUUGUUCUUGAAACGAUCAGCGAAAUCAUGUGUGUUUUUCAGGUCCGAGGUACGCCUGAAACGAAGAAAAAAGUUUUUUCGACCCCAACUUGA